AUGGGAGGAUCUUUGUUAUGGGGCUGCAGUGGGAACUAAUCUGUUUUCUCGCCGUUGUUUCUUUGUCGAAUUGUUUUCAAAGACCGACCGGAAACAGUGUGCUGCCGCUGUUUGCUGUGAAGGAUGGAAGAUUAGUGGAUUAAGAAUACCUAGCCAUUUCCAAAGUAGUAAAACCACAAUAACUACUCUUAAGUAUAUACAAAUCGCAAACCCGGAAUACAAUCAGUGUAACACAAUCUUUGACACCCCGGACAUCCACGGCACGAAAGAAAGCAGCGGAGUGGGCUGCUCCCCGUACCUUUACUAGAUUCUACAGACUGAAUGUCGUAGAUCUUCAAAACCCAGUCUUUGGAACUAGAGUGUUAAGGGCGGCUUCUCAGUCGACCCCUACAACACAGGCGUAGAGGUCUGUUGUUCUAAGUGAGGGGCCGUGCAAACGCUUCUGAUCUAUCAUGGGUUUAUUUGCGUACCUGAAGACUCAGUUUAUUCUGCACCUGCUUAUCAGCUUUGUGUUCAUAGUGAGUGGACUAAUUAUAAACUUCAUUCAGCUAUGCACACUGCUUCUCUGGCCAAUAAACAAACAGCUGUACCGCAGGAUCAACUGCCGCCUUUCCUACUCAUUGUGGAGCCAGCUUGUGAUGUUGCUAGAGUGGUGGGCGGGUACAGAAUGCACUCUAUUUACAGACAAGGCCACUGUGGACAAGUUAGGGAAAGAACAUGUCAUCGUCAUCCUAAAUCACAAUUAUGAACUAGAUUUCCUCUGUGGAUGGACCAUUUGUGAGCGGUUUGGAGUUUUGGGGAGUUCGAAAGUCCUUGCAAAGCAUGAGUUGUUGAAAGUGCCACUAAUUGGGUGGACCUGGUACUUCUUGGAAAUUGUUUUCUGUAAAAGGAGAUGGGAAGAAGACAAAGACACUGUCAUUCAGGGACUCAAAAACCUCUCAGACUAUCCCGAGUGCAUGUGGUUCCUCUUGUAUUGUGAAGGGACACGCUUUACAGAGAAAAAACACCAGAUCAGUAUGCAGGUCGCUGAAUCAAAGGGCCUUCCCAAGCUGAAGUAUCACUUACUGCCCAGAACAAAAGGAUUUACCACAACCAUGCAGUGUCUUAAAGGAACAGUUUCAGCUGUUUAUGAUGUAACCCUGAAUUUCAAAGACAAGAGGAAUCCCACCCUACUAGGCAUUCUACAUGGAAAGAAGUACGAGGCAGACAUGUCUGUCCGGAGGUUUCCAGUAGAGGACAUUCCCGAAGAUGAGAAAGAGUGUGCAAACUGGCUUCACAAACUCUAUCAGGAGAAGGAUGCUUUGCAGGAACAUUAUGAGAAGGAUGGCUCUUUCCCUGGCCCACAGUUCAAACCCCCAAGGAGACCAUGGACUCUACUAAAUUUUUUCUUCUGGGCCACAGUUUUGCUUUCCCCACUUAUCCGCUUUGUUUUUGGUGUAUUUGUAAGCGGCUCCCCCCUCCUUAUCAUCGGGUUUCUCCUCUUUAUUGGAAUAGCAUGCUUUGCUGUCAGGCGGCUAAUAGGAGUGACUGAAAUUGGAAAGGGCUCCAGUUACGGGAACCAGGAAUUCAAGAAAAAGGAUUAAGUUCUCUGCCUCUAGUUAAAACAAAAUUUUCAGUGACCUUCACUAGAGGGGGCAAAAAAAAAAGACAACAUCAACACCAGAAAUACCGUCCGAAGAAACCAACUGAGGAGUGUAAACAGGUUGGAACGCCUGACAGUCAGUUUGAGUUCAGGUCAAAAGAAAACAGCACCAACAAAAAAAGAGGCUUUUUUAAACCCAUUUAGUCUAAUUUGUAUUCGAAAUCUAAACUUAAAUACUGGAUGUAGGGUGCUGUCUUAAUUGUUAUAACCGAAUAAUAUAAAACGUUCUCAGUUUAUUUAUUUAUUUUUAAUCACCCAGAGUGACUCUUUCUGUGGAAAAUGAAAGGCUUCUAUCCUUUUAAAGUGUGGUGUAAAAAUGGAUUUGGUCAAGUACAGGGGCAUAGUAAAGGUAUUGUUAAAUACUCAGACAGGUUAGCAUUAAGAGUGAGAGAAAAUGUGUGUAUGUUACGGUUCUGUUUACUGCAUUGAUACUUAGGAACACAUAGGUUUACUUUUUCAUUUUCAAGAACAAGUAUCUUCUGUCUUUUUUUAACUAAAUUAACCUGUUUUUGUCUGUGACUUGAGAGUCAUUAAAAAGAGAUAUCUUUGUUGUCAUUAAACCAAACCUAAGCCAAACAUACUCUGGUUGUCUUGGGAUUACUUUUCGCGCUAAGAUUUCAAUCUAUGGCAAAGACAAAUAUAUCUGUUGUUUUGCAUUAAAAUGGUUAAAUUGUAGAUACAGAUGUAGGGUUGCUUUUAACAUUCAACCUGGCUGCAUGCCAGAAUUGGAGAUAAGCAUUGGUUUGCUUGUGGAUUCUUUAAUAUAGUUGGCAGUAAGUCUCUCUCCUGCUAGCCGUAUGGCUGUAAUAAUCAUUGAUUCAAACCCAAGUUUGGCUAGCCUUUUCCCAGUGUCUUGUAUUAAACUUGCAUGCCCAUGACAUUGCAUGACAACCCCUGCCAGGUAUAGAACUUCAUGGCCUCCCUGUGUGACCAUGGUCGCUUAUACAUUUGGGUGGUAUUCCUCCAGUGCUCAGAAAUCCAAAUAAAACAUUCACAAAGCCCCCAGUUUAUCAUUUAGCCAUUUGCAUCUAUAUUUGACAUAGAGGCCUUUCAUUUGUGCACAGAAUGGUCUUGUUUGUGUGAAGAUUUACAUUAGCAUAGGAAUGUUACAACUCUUUUAACAUUAAAAACUCAUUGGGCUUGAUUUUUCCAGAUUUGAGGCAUUUUUAUAAAUUUGCCCACAGUUGAAAAUAUAGCCCAGGCCCUUGUAUCCAAAACAGAGUCUUCAGAUUUAAAUUUGUGCAUGAAAUAAAAAUGUUUUCAAGUCUGUUGGUAAACAGGAACUACUCUUGCUGACUGCUAACAUGAUAAAUGUGAAAUAGAAAUCUGCUAAAAUGGUGUUAACUCCAAAGCCAGACUGUGAAUGUGGUGUGUAUCCCCAGUAGUGUACAAUAUUGUAGCUAAAUACAUGUCAGUAAUAAAAUCAAAAUUGAAAAUAGUGGUGAAACCCUCUUCCUUGAAGGAAAACUUUUACUGUUCUAGAUUAUAAGGGUAACCAGUUUGGCACCCCAAAGCCCAAUUUACUUUAUGGCAUAUAUACAAAAAAUUAGUGUUCAUAUUAAAUUUAACAGAAUCUCGAAACUAGUAAUGCAAACAUGAAUACACACCAAACUUAUUUGAAAAUUAGUUUUGUGUACUUUUAUUAAUGAACAUUAUUUCCCAUCAUGCACAGAAGACCAUUUAUAUUAUUAACAUUGUAACUAUGUACCAUCCUAUGACUUCACUCUUCAAACAUUACUGGCUAAUAUCAAUAUGUACAGGGAGAGACAUGUAGCUUGGCAGCAUCUCUGUCAUUGCUUGUUACAGAUCAAGCUGACUUUACCACUACAGCAGAUACCUUAGUUUAUCCUCUCCAUUCCAUCAGUCCCACAGCCAGCAGCAUCACCAUCUGCUAACUUGUUUACAAACUCAGGGAAGAGUUAGUCUGAAAGUUGUGGCACUAGCGAGUCAACACAGUCAGGUAGAUGUGCCUUAGUACAGCAUGUUGCGCACAGACAGUUUUAACAAUCAGGCCGUUUUAUUAUUUGCAUGUGAUGUGCUGAUUGUGAUUUGCAUAUAUUGCAUGCAAAACAAUUCCUGACGCAUCCAGAAUGGUGUGUCGUCCCAGCUAAUGUUGGCCAGGCAUAUUUCUUUUUAGGCCACUAUUACAUCUACUAUUUAGUCUUUUUCAUUAGUAUGAUCAACUUGGAGUUAACAGUGAAAGCAUGCCAGGUAGGGGAGCCAGGCUCACUAACCAUCAACAGAGAGAUCCUUCAUUCAGCUGACCUUGUAAAGUGUGUGCCUAUUUACAAUAGGUCAUUUUAUCGCUACACACACCCUCAAAAACUUGGAACUCUGUACCUUGCAGAUAGUUUGAACCAUGUUAAAGCAAUUUCUCUAAUAAUCUCCAAGGUCUCAACCAUUCAGGACCUGUUAGUUGGGACUUCCUUAAGAACUUUUUGAGAUGAUUAACAUCAGUGUUGAGUAUGCUACCAGCAGAGCACCAUAAUACUUGUCUUUUUGACUUAGUGCUGUGAUUUCUUCAGAACGAUUGUUGAGAACAAGUUCAUUAAAAAAGGGCUCAUGGCAGCAAUUAGGAAGUUUUUAUUUAUUUUAUUAUUAUGUGAACAUUUUUUAUUAGUUCAAGAUAUUGCCCUGUUAACAAAUAUAACAUAUUUAGGUUAUAUGUGAAGUGUCCAUACAUGAAAAGUUGCGGGGGGGGUGCACACAAAAUGUCCAUACUUAAAUGGAAGCCACUUUGAUAUCUGCUGCAUUGUCAGUACUAUGUGAUACAAGAUAGGUCAGUUCCCAAAUGUUUAUUUUUGAACUAUUAUUUUGAAUUGAUGAAAAAAAUAUAAACACAUUGCCUGAUUUUGUCUAGAUAUUUAUUUUUUGGCAUGAACAUAAAAUUGUACUCAUAACUGGACCAAAAUAUUUUAAAACAAACAUACAAUACAGAUGUGCUUACAAAAUUAAAUAACAUUCAAAAGCUGACCACCAUGAAAUAUGCCCACAAUAUGAAAAAUGUGUAAUGUACAAAAGGACAGUCCCUUUCAUAUAUACCCAGAUACUCUCGAAAACAUAAGAAGCACUUUUAAAUCUAUUGGACCACAUAAUUUGACUAGCAAUAUUCUUAAGCUAGAAAGUAUGAAAAAUGUAUGUACUUGAAGACAGACGGACAUCUCCAAAACUGCAGAUUUUGAUGCUCUCAAAUGCUUGUGCUAGAAUGUCCUCUUCUUAACUGAUUAAGAGGUUUUAUAGAUGGAUGUAAAUCUAUAAAGUGCUGCAUCAGUGCAUACGAAGCAGGGAAUAAUAAAUACUAUUAUUAACGAUGGCGUGUUAAAAAGAAAGAAAACAACACUCCUGUUUAGUGCUGUUGUAUAGUGCCUUAGUACCAAACAGGGACAGAUACAGCUGUAGAACAGAAUGAAUAUACAUGGGAAUGCACAUGCACCAACUCCGAUCCAGAACUUACUAUACAUUAUGUCUGAGGUUUCUACUUUUCAUAGAACAAGCAUCACAUUAAAACUUGCAAGAUGAUUGAUUGGCUUAAGAACAGUUAAUAAAAACAAUAAUAUGUUUAGAGACUGAUAAACACCUAUGGUACAGGCAUUAUUGCUUUAUUGUUCUGGCUACCAACUAAUGUGAAAUGCACUGUAUAUGUUUCCUCGUGAAAUGAGUGAAAAUAAUUAAGUAGAAUAGUUUGAUUGUAGCUUUUCAAUUUUUUUUUUCUCUGAUUUCAGGGAGGGGCAACAUGGAGAGGUAUGUGUGCCCUUCAACCUCCUCAGUUUUGUAGUAUGGUGCACCAUGUAGGAAAUGGCCUCUGGCCAGACACAAACACAUGUAUUUAGGGGGGACGACGACAAUGACUAUAACUCACUCCUGUGAAUGUGUACAUAUGUAUAAACUGCUCCUAUGGUUUGAAAAAAUGAUAUUCCAUUGUGGGAUACCAAGGUCACAUUACCACUUAAAAUACUAUACUGCUAUAAAAUAAAAAUAAUUGUCUAAUGAUGGCCUGUAGUAACAACACAUUAUUUAUUAAGAGAAACAUUGCAUUUUAUUUGUAACCUUACAAGCUCUAGUUUGUAAAUUAAAAUAUAAAUGAAUCAUGAAACACAUAUACCAUAUCCUGCACACUACUGCUUUCAGUGAAGGCUGGGCAGCUGUGACUGUUUUCCAUUUAUUGUCUAUGAGGUGUUUGAAGCUUCAAUUCUGAUAUCAAAAAGGCUGCACAAAACCUAUAAAUUGUGUAAUUUUAGCAGUUACAUUUGUUCUAAGAAAGCCACUAAGAAUAUGGGAAAUGUUUUGUUUGUUAAUAAUACAAACUAUGGAUAAUAAAGUUGCAUUUGUAAGAUUUCAACUAAAAAAAACUAAUUUCACUUGAUUCUGUUACCUUUUGUAAAAAGGAAAAAAAAAAUUAAACCUAGGGCCACAGAAACUGGAGGACAACAGUUUGUUCACCAUAAACGUCUUCAGUAAUCCGUGCUACAGAGUGAACUUGCACAGUUCCAAAUUGUGCUGUGUUAAGCAAAUGCAGAGCUGAUAAAGGAAAGAAAUAAUUCUCCAAAUUCAGCUCUUUUAAUUCAGGUUUAAGCAUGCAUUCAUUUCUAAUACAUUGUACUCAUAAACAAGAGUAGUGCAUGAACUUACAUGGAGUGCUGUGUUUAUCGUGGGGAUAGCCAUAAACAAUCCACUCUUACCAUUUAUCUGAACAGCAAUAAUUUAAAAACAGCCUCACUUUAAAACAACACCUACUAUACGGUGUUUCCUUUGUGGGUCAGUUUGGAAAAGUUCCUGUUAUUAGAUAUUGGACCCUACUGUUGAUGGGGGUGGUUUUCCUUAGAUUUCUGUGGACCUACAAUAACAAUCACCAAUACAAAGUUCUAUUUUUGUCAAAAGGCAAGUAAAGCUAGAGUUAAGUUAGAGAGAGGGGCAACAGUUGUAAAAUAGUUCAUAAUUCUAAUGCUGGAGGUUUCUAAUAAAAGCUUGCUUUAUUGUAGAUUGUAAAAUAUUAGACUAAAACAUAAAUACAAAUAUUUACAGAAAUUUAAAACAAAAAAAGUAAGCAGAUCUUUCUGUUUUAGAAAUUGACUUGAUAAACUCUUCAUUGUUUUGCUCAGCUUUCCCCUGGGGCAUGUUUUUAAAUAAUCCGGCUGUAUUUUAUCAUUAAAAUUGAAUGUGUGGACGGUCACAACCUUUUUUAAGAACAACUUGGUAUGGGUAUGAAAUAUCUGAGCUGUCAGAACUAUGUGUAGAAUUCUUGCGGUAUUGAUAUUUCUUACAGCCACUAGAAGCGGAGGACCAGGUAAUUUGUUACAGUCUCCUAUACCAGAUGCAAUUGGAGGUUAGACAUGAUUCUGAAAGAUCUAUUGAUCUCUAGGGGUGCUUUGAACUUUUAUCAGCAUGUAAUGAAUGAAACAAAAAAUUAUACAAAAAAUAAUGCAUUGGUUAAAUUAACUAUUCAUUCCCAUACCAACUUGCUUUCUAUACAUACUGAUAUCAAUCCUGAUAGUUGACAACUCAGAGACCUCAGUUUGAAAACAUGAAUUUCAAUUAGGUUCAUACAUUUAACCUAUUAGAAAAAAAAUUCUGUCAAAAUAAAAAUAAUAAUUCAGUACACUAAGUAGGCAGUAAGACAAGAAUCCCUGCCUCCGGCAAGGUGAAUUAAAGACAGAAGACAGUAAAGGGGUGCUUCAAAAACAGACCUGCACGUGGGUGAGUCGAGUGGUGUUGCAUUCAAAUCUGCAGAUGAAUGCCCCCGGCUGAAUUACAGCCAUCGCCUGCAUUACUUACAGUUUAUAAAUAUAUCUUCCUUCAUGUCUCACUAUGCAGAAAGGCUCCAAAAUUUAAUGUAUUGAAAAGCCUUAGCUCACAAAGCCCUGGAGAGAGAAUGAAGUGACCUGUCAUUUCAGACUCCUUAUUAAAAUCAAUUAAAUGAAGAGUUAUAAUGCACCAACUAUGUCAAAAUCAGCUUUUGAUCGAAGCCAAGCAAGACCAACUGCAAGCACAAGUUUAAUACAGUCUUGACACAUUCUAUUUAUAUAAAGAUUAUUAAAAGCUCUGUAAAUUAGUCAUUAAUGUAAAAUGUACAUAUAAUUCAUUAUUGGCACAAGGACUGUAUUCCUCUCAUUCCACACAAUUCACCAUGUGAAUGAAAUUGUGCUGGAAUCAUUUUUGUCAUAAUCACAUGCCCCAUUUAUAAAUGCUUGUGUAUAAACUCACUGAUGUAAUGUGUUGAGGAGGUGAAAGCUGAAACCAGAAUGGUUUGCUUACUUUUAAAAAUGUUCUGUCCCGUUUACACUCAGAACAGAUGGAGUAUUUAUGUAUUUAUGAUGCCAAUCCACUGUUUUGUUGUGAAAAGGGAUUUUGCAUCUUGAUAGAAAUAUGUAAAAUCUCUACAUACAGUAUAUGGCAAGAUUUUUUUUUUGUUUGUUUUAGCGAUUACUCAAUGAAUCUGUAAAUUAAUAUCUUUGUUCUCUACCUAAAGAAAAUGAAUGCCUACUUUUGCAGUUGUAACCAAUUAAUGAACAAGGCCUAGUUGUCUGGACUCUUAUUGUUUUUCCGCAUGAUAUUAUGCAGUUUUUAUGAAGUCAACUUGAAGACUUUCAGGGAUUCAUUUCUAUGUGGAUGCACAUUGGUUCACCUGGCCUGUGGAACAUUGCAUUUGAAUCUCAAUAA